CGGACUCCCCGCGCCACAGUCGCUGCAGUUCCCUCUAUUCUGGUGGCCCCGCGGCCCUGCGGGGAGUCCGGGGGUCGGCUGGACGCUCGGACUUGGUGCAGGGCCGGCCCCGCCUCUCCCUUCCUCGGUGGGGCCUAGACGGUCGGGGCCGCGGUGACAUGGAGCCCUCUCCUGCCACGGGGGGAUCGGAGACCACUCGCCUGGUGAGCCCCCGAGACCGCGGCGGCGCCGGUGGCAGCCUGCGCUUGAAGAGUCUCUUCACAGAGCCCUCGGAGCCCCUCCCUGAGGAACCCAAACCUGUGGAGAUGCCCUUCCACCAUUGCCACAGGGACCCCCUGCCACAGCCGGGCCUCACCCCUGAGAGGCUGCAGGCGCAGAGACAGCUGUGUGCUGCCUGUGCCGUGUGCUGUGUGUUCAUGGCUGGGGAGGUGGUCGGGGGCUAUUUGGCACACAGCCUGGCCAUUAUGACCGAUGCAGCCCACCUGCUGGCGGAUGUGGGCAGCAUGAUAGGCAGCCUCUUCUCUCUUUGGCUCUCUACCCGUCCAGCCACCCGCACCAUGACCUUUGGCUGGCACCGCUCAGAAUGGCUUUUGUGCUGCACCAGGCCGGGCCCCCGCACAGCCACGGGUCUAGGGGGGCGGAGUAUGCACCACUGGAGGAGGGGCCGGGGGACCCCCUGCCCCUCGGGAACACCAGCGUCCGGGCAGCCUUUGUGCAUGUGCUGGGGGACCUCCUGCAGAGCCUUGGGGUACUGGCCGCCUCUGUCCUCAUCUACUUCAAGCCUCAGUACAAGGCAGCUGACCCCAUCAGCACCUUCCUCUUCUCCAUCUGUGCCCUUGGAUCCACGGCUCCCACCCUCCGAGAUGUUCUUCGUGUCCUCAUGGAAGGUUCCCCCCGAAGUGUGGGGUUUGAGCCCGUGCGGGACACACUGUUGUCAGUGCCAGGAGUCCGGGCAACUCAUGAGCUGCACCUGUGGUCCCUUACGCUUACUUACCAUGUUGCCUCCGCACACCUGGCCAUUGACUCCACGGCUGACCCUGAAGCUGUCCUGGCUGAAGCCACAUCCCAGCUCCACUCCCGGUUUGGAUUCUCCAGCUGCACCCUGCAGGUUGAGCAGUACCAGCCCGAGAUGGCCCAGUGCCUGCGCUGCCGGGACCCGCCCCAAGCCUGAGCCGAGGCCCCGCCCUCACCCCACUGCCAGGCCCUGGCUCAGGCCCGGACUCUCAGUACCUGCCUCCCUGCUCUUGCAGAAGGGACAGAGCUGGGCCCGUACCCCUUCCUCUCUCCCUCCUUCCACCUGCCCACUCCCUAGCUCCCAGCCCCGGUGGGCAAGACCAAAGUGUGGGGGAGGCAGGGUUCAGGUUGAAGGGGAAUCAGUCAGUGGGGGUGUGUAGAAGUCCCUUGGUCCCCCCUCCCUGUGGUUUGGGGAGCACAAGCCUCCUUUCCAUGCCGUUCAUUUGUCUGUGUGGCAGGCUGGCUGUCUGGCUGGGGGCAUCUGCCUGUCUGUGUGCUGUCGGUGUGCCUAUGCCUGGGGGAGGUCAGCAGGGGCCCCCUCCCCACAUGGCCCUCGCUCUGUCUAUGCAGGAGCCCCAAAGCCCGCACUUUGUGUGUUCUAGCCCUGUGGUUUUGUCUCAGUGUGUGUGUGUGUGUGUGUGUGUGUGUGUGUGUGUGUGUGUGUGUGUGUGUGUGUGUGUGUGUGUGUUUCUUGGUGCUGUGGCCCGUGUGUCUCUGUGCCUAUGUGGCUGUGCUAUGGUCUGAGUCUGCACCGUCCAUGUGUCCUUUUGGGGGUCUGUCUGUCCAUCCCUCUGUUGGUGCUGUGCCCUCGGCUAUCCCAGACAGAGGGCGGACGACUCCGCCGCAGCUCCACCAAUAAACUUGUGUCU